AUGGAGAACACCAAGUCCCACUCCCAGGAUUCUGUGGAGAUACACCGCUUGGACCUAGAGCCCGAUCCCCCCGAGAAUAUAGCCAUCACUGAUGUGAAGCACUUGGCCUCUUACAACUGGAUCGAGGCACUCACACCCACCAUUGCUGUUCCAGGAUGUCCCCCUCAGUGCGGUCUUGGUUACAUUGCCCAGAAUGCCGCUCGUCUUCCAGAUAGUCCUAUGGAACCGCUGUUCCGCUCACUUUGCAUUGAGCAGCCUUCGUUUGACUUGAAUUGA